GCAGAGCCAUGCCGGCAGGCUGGUUGUGGCAGUCCAUGGCGUCUGGGGGCAUGCCCUCUGUUUUCGUUCUUUCUCUCUCUUUGUAUACCUACCUCUUCGUUCUGCUCCAUGUCUUGUUUGCUGCUGCUUUCGCACCCUCAGCGGUGGCCAAUCUUGUGGGCAGCUGGUCUGCGCAGCCACAGACUGUGCGAUCGUCGGAGGCAGCAUGGCUUGUUUCGGGUGUAGCGCUUCUGCAACAUGUUCCUCUCCGGGAGCCAGUUGCGGCGAUCGUUCGUCUUUGGCUGUUCGGGUUGCUGCGAGGCGCUGUGCGGGCUUGAAUCGCAUCAUCAUACAUCCUUUAAUCCUUUGUUGUGCUUUUGUUUCUGUUUGCAUAUCUGCACCAUCCCUCCGUCGCUGCGACCUGCACCCGGAUCCAACUUUGCCUCUGCUCUGUUUCGUCCCGU